AUGAGGGUCCAGCCAGGCAAAAGGACUCUCCUUACUCGUUUAACCCUGCAUUCCACUCCCUUUGAAACCAUGGCGUCAGAGUCGCCGCGACCCGCCUCCCCGCGCGAGGCUGAUCCAGAGCAAAGCAGAGCGGCGGAUGCUUCGGCCGACCACAAUCGUUCGAGAGAUCUAGAUUCUACCCCAGAAGGAGAACGGACGGCAACUGCUGAUUCUUCAAAAGUCCCGUCUUCUAGUUCGUCCGAAUCGGGCGAGGCCAGCGAGAGCGCGUCCCCCGCGCCUGCCGACGAGAAGAAACCUGCAUCUUCCUCCGAUGCGCCGCCUCUCCCCAGCGAACACCCGCCACUGCCUUCGGGGCCGCCUCCCGCGACUGAAGAUGACGGCUGGGAUUUCCAGUGGGAUCCCAACUCCCAGGCCUACUUCUUCUACAACCGCUUUACCGGCAUGACCCAAUGGGAUAACCCGCGCGUGCCAACAGCCGGAGCAUCUGCGUCGACCAGCACUGCUGCAGCACCACCAGCACCAGCGCCCGGAACAAGCACGACAUCUGCUCCGCUGCCCCUGGCUCCCCCGCCUCUUCCGUCGAACGACCGGCCAGCCGCCGGUGGCUACAACCCCGCCAUUCACGGCGACUAUGAUCCGAACGCGUGGUACGCGCAGGGAGACAAGACUGAUCAGGACGACGAGGCCCAACAAGCCGCCGUACUGGCGGAGCAGGGCUACAACGCCACUGCGCAGUUUAAUCGCUUCACUGGCCAGUUCCAGACGAUGGGAGAGGGUCCCGACCGCCACUCGGACGAGGCCAAGAGCAGACGGCAGAUGAACGCCUUCUUCGACGUCGACGCCGCCGCCAACGCGCACGACGGCCGCAGUCUCAAAGCCGAACGGAGCGGCAAGAAGCCUUCCAAGUCAGAGCUUAAGCAUUUCAAGGAAAAGAGACGCGCAAGGAAGGAGGAAAAGCGCAGGGCAUGGUUGAGGGAUUGA